AUGGGGUCAGGUCCGACAGGCAACCGCGUGUUCGCGCCAACGAUCUUUUUCAUUGCCUUUCGUGAGGCCCUCGAAGCAGCCCUGGUGAUUGGUAUUCUAACAGGUAUGCUGGAGAGGGUUGUAGGUAAAAACAAGCAUACCAUGGAUGAUGCGUCAAAAAAGCUUAUUCGAAAACUUCGUAUAUACAUUAUCGCGGGGGCUCUCACUGGGUUAGGUAUUGCUUUCAUAAUCGGCGCCAUUUUCCUUGCUAUCUUUUAUACACAGACCACUGAUUUGUAUGGUCGCUCGGAAGAGCUAUGGGAGGGAAUUUUCAACUUAAUCGCUGUGGUACUGAUCACACCCAUGUCGCUUGUGAUUUUGCAUGCGGACAAGUCGCGUGCCAAGUGGAAGAAGAAGCUUGCACGAGCCUUCAAUGGCAUGGACACUGUGCGGAAAGAGGCCCUUCAUAAUGACGAGGCAGGCCUAAUCCAAUCUACAGCAAAGUCAGAGAAAGAGAGGAUGGAGACGCCUGAGACCAUGUCGUUUUUACAAAAGGUUCAUAUGUGGACUCGCGUAGUCCGCAAACCUCUAGAGGGCGAUGCCAAAGGCCCAACCGCUAUAUUUGUCAUUCCGUUGGUGACAACGCUACGUGAGGGACUUGAGGGUGUCGUGUUUAUUGGUGGUGUAUCGCUGGGCUUGCCAGCCUCGUCCAUUCCUCUUCCCGCCAUUGUGGGAAUUUUUUGCGGUUUGCUCGUUGGCUUUAUUAUUUUCAAGGCACGCUCCAUCUCAAAAAUCAAGCCGUUCCUUGUGUUUUGCACCUGUGCUCUGCUUAUUAUUGCUGCCGGCAUGUUUUCACGAUGUGUCUACUACUUUCAGUUUUACAAGUAUGUCCAAAAAGUUGGCGAUGCGGCAGCGGAAAGCGGCUCAGGUCCAGGCAGUUACAAUGCGCUGGACUAUGUAUGGCAUCUGGACUGCUGCAACCCAGAAGAUAAGACAAACAAUGGCGGUAGUGGCUGGUCCAUUCUCAACAGUCUAGUCGGCUGGAACAAUACAGCUACUAUCAGUACCAUUCUUUCCUACAUUCUUUAUUGGAUUGCCAUCGCGAUCUAUCUCUGUUAUUACAUCAUUAAAGAGCGCAACCGAAAGAAAAAGCGCACCAUUAUCGGGCAACCAAACGAGGCUACACAUGAUACCCAUGUGUGA